AUGUCAAUUUCAACUCGGCCUCACCUCAGCUUCGCAUGUCGCCGGACUACCUAUAUUCUCACUAGCGAGACGGGGGCCCGAAGCUUGUCCUUGCAUCCUUAUCAUGGUGAAGAGGAUUCUCAAGGUGAAACAAUUAUAUGCGCCUUGCCUUUGGAGUUUGACGCUGUCGAAGCGUUGUUUGACGAGACAUAUGAUGUCGCUGCCUACGGGAAGCAACCGGGAGAUGCGAACUGGUACCGGAUAGGACGAAUUGGCUCUCAUUGUGUUGUGUUAACGUGCCUGCCUGAAAUGGGGAAGAAGAAUGCAGCAAGCGUUGCUUCCAAUCUACAAGUUAGCUUUCCUAGGGUCAAUCUCGCACUCUUAGUAGGGAUCUGCGGGGCAGUGCCAUCUCCUUCCGAACGGACUGAGGUAAUUCUGGGAGAUGUAAUUGUCAGCGAUAAGAUUGUGGAAUACGACUUUGGCAAGCAAUAUCCUGACGCAUUCAGGAGCAAUCGUGUUGUCAAGGAAACUCUUGGUGGCCCCAACCGAACGAUCCGAAGCUUUCUCUCUGGCCUGAAAACCAGUAAGAUGCACGACCAGCUGCAAAAUGAUCUUUGGAAAUACCAGCGGACCCUUGAAGGUCAUCAUUCUGGUAAAUGGCAGUAUCCAGGUACUUCGCAAGAUCAAUUGUUUGAAGCCCUCUAUCGCCAUAAAUACUAUCACCAACACCCCGACACCACGUGUCUCUGUGCGGUUUGCCAUUGCAGCAGUGACCCUGUCUGUGAGAAGGCACCGGAACUCGACUGCAGAAAACUCGGAUGCAUGGGCUCGCUUGGACCAAGAUCUCGCCUGAUGGCAGAUCCUCCAAAGCCACAUGUCCAUUUUGGUUCUAUGGCCUCAGCUGACACGGUCAUGAAAUCUGGUAAACACCGCGACGAGCUUGCCGCAACGGAAAAGGUGAUAGGGUUUGAAAUGGAAGGAGCUGGGAUAUGGGACAUCCUGCCUUGUGUCAUUAUGAAGGGUGUGUGCGAUUACGCGGAUAGCCAUAAGAAUAAGACGUGGCAGAACUAUGCGGCGGCAACUGCUGCCUCUUGCGCCAAAGCUUUCUUGGUAUAUUGGACAUCCAGUGUAUCAGACCAGCCAGUCACCUUUCCGAUGACCCAUGUCUCAGACACGGACAAUACGAACGAAGAGACACUGUCGGACGAUCAGCGGAAAGAGCUGCUAAACCUGCUCCGCUUUGAUCAAAUCGACGCCCGCCAAAUGUCCCUCAAGGCUGCCCAAGGUAAAACUUGCCGCUGGAUGCUCCAAAAUCCCAAGUAUAAAGACUGGCUUGAUUGCGGGGAAUUGCAGAAUCACAGCGGGUUUCUCUAG